UCGGAUCGGCAAAGAGAGUCAAUGUCAACUUCCAGGACACCGACGGGUUCUCGGCUCUGCACCAUGCGGCGCUUAACGGCAACACAGAGCUCAUCUCGCUGCUGCUGGAGGCACAGGCUGCCGUGGACAUCAAGGACAACAAAGGCAUGCGGCCCCUGCACUAUGCAGCUUGGCAGGGCAAGAAGGAGCCCAUGAAAAUGGUGCUGAAGGCAGGUUCCUCUGUGAACAUCCCUUCGGACGAGGGCCAGAUCCCCCUGCACCUGGCGGCACAGCACGGCCACUACGACGUGUCGGAGAUGCUCCUGCAGCACCAGUCCAACCCCUGCAUCAUGGACAACUCGGGGAAGACGCCCCUGGACCUGGCGUGCGAGUUUGGCCGGGUCGGGGUGGUCCAACUGCUCCUGAACAGCAACAUGUGCGCGGCACUGCUGGAGCCCAAACCGGGGGACACCACCGACCCCAACGGCACCAGCCCCCUGCACCUGGCCGCCAAGAACGGCCACAUCGACAUCAUCCGGCUCCUGCUGCAGGCUGGCAUCGACAUCAACCGGCAGACCAAGGCGGGCACGGCGCUGCACGAGGCCGCGCUCUGCGGCAAAACCGACGUGGUGCGGCUGCUGCUGGAUAGCGGGAUCAACGCCCACGUCAGGAACACCUACAACCAGACGGCUCUGGACAUCGUCAACCAGUUCACCACCAGCCAGGCCAGCAAGGAGAUCAAGCAGAUGCUGCGGGACGCCUCUGCAGCUCUGCAGGUCCGGGCCAUCAAGGACUAUUGCAACAACUACGACCUGACCAGCCUCAACGUGAAAGCCGGGGAUGUCAUCACCGUGCUGGAGCAGCACGCGGACGGGCGCUGGAAGGGCUGCAUCCACGACAACCGCACCGGCAACGACCGCGUGGGAUACUUCCCCUCCAGCCUGGUGGAGGCCAUAAGCAAACGAACAGGUUCAUGGGAGACUGUAACAAUCCCCCAACACUUCCAAAAGAUCCCGCUCCCGGCUUACGGGGCUGCUGUGCUAAACGGUGACGCCUCGUCCCAUCCGUUCCAUUCCCUGCCUCCACCUCCACCUCCACCACCACAUUCCCAUCAGACUCUUUUCAGUUCCUUUGGCUAUCACAGGCUCUCCCCUAGCAGUGCCGACGAGCCGCGUUACGGACAAGGGUCCCGCGGGGCCGACAUGAGCCCGUCCCACCUGUCACCGUCGCAGGGCGGAUCGGCCGCGCCCCCCCCCACUGCCAGGGCGUGGUGCCCCCUCUCAGCGGGGCUCAGAGCCCUGACAGCCUCUCCUCUCCGUGCAGGUGGCGACCGCAGCAGCCUGGGCAGCACGGGCAGCGUGGCCUCUGCGCGCAGCUCGGGGAGCGGGCAGAGCGCGGGCAGCGGGGCGCACGCCCUGCACGCCGGCUCCGAAGGUGUCAAGGUAAGGCGAGCCCCGAGGCGGCCGUGCCAGCUGCUCUUGGCUGCAGUCCUGCAGCGUUUGCUGCCUGCCCUGACCUCACCCCCCGCCGAGCCCCAGCUGAAGAAAAUGGAACCACCAUCAGAGGGGAAGAGCUCGGAGGCCGUGUACCAGUGGCUCUGCAAGUUCCAGCUGCAGCUCUACGCGCCCAACUUCAUCAACGCCGGCUACGACAUCACCACCAUCAGCCGGAUGACGCCGGAGGACCUCACGGCCAUCGGGGUCACCAAGCCGGGGCACAGGAAGAAGAUCGCCUCCGAGAUCAACAACCUCAACAUCCCCGAGUGGCUGCCCGAGUACAAACCGGCCAACCUGGCCCUGUGGCUCUCCAUGAUCGGCCUGUCCCAGUACUACAAGGUGCUGGUGGAGAACGGCUAUGAGAACAUCGACUUCAUCACCGACAUCACCUGGGAGGACCUGCAGGAGAUCGGCAUCACCAAGCUGGGCCACCAGAAGAAGCUGAUGCUGGCGGUGAAGAAGCUGGCGGAGCUGCAGCGCGCCGAGCUGGGCAAGUACGAGCCGGGCACGCUGAAGAGGAAAGCGUCGGGACCGUGCCCAGAGGUGCUGACCAUCGAGUCCCCGCCGCCGGAGCCGCCCGAGUGCCAGUCGCCCAAGAUGAGCACGUUCCAGGACAGCGAGCUCAGCAGCGAGCUGCAGGUGGCCAUGACGGGCGAGGGCCCCGAGGAGCCCCCCGAGAAGGCGGCGAACUCCGCGGCCCCCGGUUACCGCUCGCCGCCGGGGCUGGGCGGCCGCGCCCGGCUCAUGAGCAGCUCGCAGGAGCUGCUGGGGGACGGCCCGCGGGGCCCCCCCCCCCCGCCCGCCCCGUCGCCAGCCCGGCAGCUGAGCCCCGCGGCCAAGCCCUCCAGCACGCCGCCCUCGCUCUGCUCCAGCCCCGCCAAGCCCCUGUCGCCCGGAGCGCAGCCCCAGCAGGUGCCCGUGAAGCCGCCCCGCUCCACCAUCGCCAGCCCGUCCGUGGACAGCGCCGGCCCCGAGCUGGCGCAGCAGAAGCUGGAGGAGACCAGCGCGUCCCUGGCCGCUGCACUGCAGGCUGUGGAGGAGAAGAUCAAGCAGGAGGACAGUCAGGCGGCAGACUCGGCCGUGGAGUCAAAGAGCACCGUGAGCAUCCUGGACGACAUCGGCAGCAUGUUCGACGACCUGGCAGACCAGCUGGAUGCCAUGCUGGAGUGAGGGGCGCCAGGGCCCCGAGAACCUCAGGGCUUACGUGGGCACAAGGGCACAACGAUCCACGACCCCCCGGCCCCGCCGCCCUCUCCCCGUCCCCUUUG